GUCGAGUUUCAUCACUUCCUUUCACACCGGCGCUCCGUCGGCUUUUCAACGCUGUAAAGGCUUUUGGGUUGAAUUUCUCACUGAAAGCUUUGCAGGUAAAGUCAGGUCAUGGCGAAGUUUCACGCCCCUGUGAUCCAGGACAACCCGUCUGGAUGGGGCCCCUGCGCCGUCCCAGAGAAGUUCAAGGACAUGCCGUACCAACCGUUCAGCAAAGGAGACCGACUGGGGAAGGUCGCUGACUGGACCGGAGCAACUUACCAAGACAAGCGAUACACGAAUAAAUAUUCGUCUCAGUUCGGCGGAGGCAGUCAGUACGCUUACUUCCACGAGGAAGACGAAACGAGCUUCCAGCUGGUGGACACGGCCAAGACGCAGAAGACGGCGUACCAGAGGAAUCGCAUGCGCUUUGCUCAGAGGAACCUGCGCAGAGACAAGGACCGCAGGAAUCUGACCCAGUUCAACAUGCAGACGCUCCCGAAGAGCGCCAAGCAGAAGGAGAGGGACCGGAUGCGUCUGCAGAAGAAGUUCCAGAAGCUUGGAGUCCGUCAGAAGUGGGACCAGAAGUCUCAGGCCCAGUUGAAGCCCAGAGACUCGUCAGUGGAGGUUCGGAGCGACUGGGAGGUGAAGGAGGAGAUGGACUUCCCCCGACUGAUGAAGAUGAGAUACAUGGAGGUGUCCGACCCGGUCGACAUAGAGUGCUGCGGCGCACUGGAGUACUACGAUAAGGCCUUCGACCGCAUCACCACACGCAACGAAAAGCAGCUGAAGAGCAUCAAGAGGAUCUUCCACACCGUCACCACCACCGACGAUCCAGUCAUCAGAAAGCUGGCCAAGACGCAGGGCAACGUGUUCGCCACCGACGCCAUCCUGGCCACGCUGAUGUGCUGCACACGCUCAGUCAACUCCUGGGACAUCAUCGUCCAGAGAGUCGGCAACAAGCUGUUCUUCGACAAGAGGGACAACUCCGACUUCGAUCUGCUGACGGUGAGCGAAACGGCCAACGAGCCUCCGCAGGACGAGGGGAACUCCUUCAACUCCCCCCGUAACCUGGCCAUGGAGGCCACCUACAUCAACCACAACUUCAGCCAGCAGUGUUUACGCAUGGGCGGAGAGAGACACAAGUUCCCCAACCCCAACCCGUUUGUGGAGGAGGACAUGGACAAGAGCGAGGUGGCGUCUGUGGCGUACAGGUACCGCCACUGGAAGCUGGGGGAAGACAUCGACCUGAUCGUGCGCUGUGAGCACGACGGCGUGAUGACCGGCGCCAGUGGAGAGGUGUCCUUCAUCAACGUGAAGACGCUGAACGAGUGGGACUCCAGGUACUGUAACGGGGUGGACUGGCGUCAGAAGCUGGACUCCCAGAGAGGCGCCGUCCUGGCCACCGAGCUGAAGAACAACAGCUACAAGCUGGCCCGCUGGACCUGCUGCGCCAUGCUGGCCGGCUCCGAGUACCUGAAGCUGGGGUACGUCUCCCGCUACCACGUGAAGGACUCGUCCCGCCACGUCAUCCUGGGAACCCAGCAGUUCAAACCCAAUGAGUUCGCCAGCCAGAUCAACCUGAGCAUGGAGAACGCCUGGGGCAUCCUGCGCUGCGUCAUCGACAUCUGCCGCAAGCUGGACGAGGGCAAGUACCUGAUCCUGAAGGACCCCAACAAGCAAGUGAUUCGGGUCUACAGCCUGCCUGAGGGAACCUUCAGCUCUGACGAAGAGGAGGAGGAAGAGGAGGAUGAAGAGGACGAGGAGGAGGAAGAUGAAGAGAAUUAAUGACCAGAUCAGCCUCCAUCUCCACAAAGAAACAAUUUAAUUCCCAUUGAAGUUCAAUAAAGUCAAGUUGGGCAAAUACA